UUCACGGUUCGAUCUCUUCAUUUCUUAACCUCACAUGUUGUUGCGACUGAAGCUGAUCCUCUACCUUUUGAGUAACCCGAGUAAUCCUAGUCGAUCAGCGUCGGCCAGAAGGCGAAGUUAGUACUGGAACUUCACGUACUAUUAGGCAAAUGAGUGACCCGGCAAUGGGUACGUUGUGCUGGAGUGAGGAGUCCUGAAGAAGAAACAUGUAUGUAUUUUUGUCUGUUGUAAAGAAGAAUGAAACUGUGAAAGAAGCCAUGGAAGAACCUCAUUCAGUUAGCAGUCCAAGAAGAAUUCUCAGUCUAUCAAAGAAGAAACGAGCAAGCGUUUCCUUUUCAGAUUCAGAUGAUAAAGCUUCUGGCUUUGGAUUGUCUGGAGAACAUGGUCCCAAACCUUCAGAGGUUUAUGGAUUUGUAGGAUCUAUCACGAUCAUUGUGGCUACAGUUAUUUUCUUCACAUGGGCAUACGUUCCUGAGCAUUGGCUACAUGCUGUUGGGAUCUAUUACUAUCCUAGCAGAUAUUGGGCUCUGGCAGUGCCAACUUAUAUUGUUGUGACAGUUGCGUUGGCUUUGGCAUUUUAUAUUGGUCUCAACUUCCUCUCAACCCCUCCUCCGACAUCCUUAAAUACACUUUUCGAUGAGUUCACUAGAGACCCAUCAACAUUCAGUCCUUUGGGAGAGGGAGACGAAUUGCCCAUAGAACCCAUAGCUGAUAUCCCCAUCGAAGAAAUUAAUAGACUAAUGUUUGAUGAUUAGCGUGACUCCUGGCUCGGAUGUAAUGCUUUUUGUUCUUUUUGCUUGUGAAAACACAGCCUUAAAUCAAAGAAGAUGGAAGAUUAUCGGGAACCAAUGGCAGUCUUAUUUGGAAAGAUCGCGUAUUUAGCUUAGGCAAUAUGUCUCAUGGUUUUAAACUGCCACAAACGCAUAUACCAUCUUACUAUCAUCACUACGAACGGCGUAUUGCAUUGCUUA